CGGUUGGGAGGCAUGGUAACUCCAGCUGGUGGCAAAGUUUGCGGAUUGGAAGUAUUUUGUGUCUGUGCGAAACACAGAGAGUAGUCGGGAAGGUGGGAGAGGGGAGAGAGUUGAUCCCGCGGUAUCAGGCUAGCAUUUUACUCCUUAGUAGGGAGGGUGAGUGAAAUAAAGACUGAGCAUAAUAGGACAAGCUAAAAUAGAGUGAAGUAGGAAGCCCGGAGGCUGCAGCUUCAUUCGCAAUGUCCGAUGAUCCCAGCUCCUUGCCCUGGUCCAUCAUCAGGGAGGAUUAUGAACUCAAGGAGGUGAUUGGUUCUGGAGCUACAGCUGUGGUUCAGGCUGCAUACUGUAUCCCGAAGAAAGAGCGAGUUGCAAUCAAACGCAUCAAUCUGGAAAAAUGUCAGACUAGUAUGGACGAACUCCUGAAAGAAAUUCAAGCAAUGAGUCAGUGCCAUCACCGGAACAUUGUGUCAUAUUACACCUCAUUUGUGGUAAAGGAUGAACUAUGGCUGGUGAUGAAGUUGCUCAGUGGUGGAUCUGUGCUCGAUAUCAUUAAACAUGUAGUAGCGAGAGGGGAUCACAAGAAUGGUGUUUUGGAGGAGGCAGUUAUUGCCACUAUUCUGAAAGAAGUACUGGAGGGACUUGAUUACUUGCAUAAAAACGGGCAGAUUCACAGAGACUUGAAGGCAGGAAACAUUCUUCUCGGGGAGGAAGGCUCAGUACAAAUUGCAGAUUUUGGUGUGAGUGCAUUUUUGGCAACAGGUGGUGACAUGACCAGGAAUAAAGUAAGGAAGACUUUUGUAGGUACACCCUGCUGGAUGGCACCUGAAGUUAUGGAGCAGGUUAGAGGCUAUGACUUCAAAGCAGACAUUUGGAGUUUUGGAAUUACAGCCAUUGAAUUGGCUACUGGAGCAGCUCCUUAUCAUAAAUACCCACCAAUGAAGGUCUUAAUGUUGACUCUUCAGAAUGAUCCUCCCUCAUUGGAAACAGGUGUACAGGAUAAGGAAAUGGUCAAAAAGUAUGGCAAGUCCUUUAGGAAGAUGAUUGCACAAUGUCUGCAGAAAGAUCCAGAGAAAAGGCCUACAGCAGCAGAAUUUUUAAAGCACAAGUUUUUCCAAAAAGCGAAGAACAAGGAAUACCUUGAAGAAAAGUUGUUAGCUCGUGCACCUACGAUAGCUGAAAGAUCAAGAAAGGUGAGAAGGGUUCCAGGUUCUAGUGGUCGAUUACACAAGACAGAAGAUGGCGGCUGGGAAUGGAGCGAUGAUGAAUUGGAUGAAGAGAGUGAAGAGGGAAAGGCUGCAGUCUCUCAGUUGCGGUCUCCCCGGGUGAAAGAGUCUACACAGGGUCCAGAUAUGUUUGUGCCAGCAGAAAUACCAGGCUCAAAUAUUCAGACUUCUGGACAAGUCCAGCAACAGCUACCUCAGCCAACACCAAAAGUACCUGCAACGACUCAAGCUAAUCAAUUUCCAGCUAAUCAGCCUUCAGAAAUCCCAGUCCCAACACCAGCAGCAGUACCAGAUCCCACCCCGCAAACUGCAGCUCAGCAUCAACUACCGGCAUCCCAGCUUGUUCCUGGUUCUGCUGCUCCCGAUUUGCACCAAACACCCAUCAGCCUUGUGUUAAGAUUACGGAAUUUGAAGAAGGAGCUGAAUGACAUAAGAUUUGAAUUUACUCCCGGUAGAGAUACAGCAGAUGGUGUUUCCCAGGAGCUUGUCUCUGCAGGUCUGGUUGAUGGAAAAGACGUAGUAAUAGUCGCAGCAAAUCUACAGAAAAUAGUGGAUGAACCAGCUGCAAAUAGAUCUGUCACUUUCAAAUUGGCUUCCGGUGUUGAAGAAUCAGAUAUUCCCGAUGAUGUUAAACUCAUAGGAUUUGCACAACUUACCAUUAGUUAAGUCACACUACAACCAAUAAAAACCUGCCGACGCCAUCUGUGAAAUAGGUAUCUCACUGGUGUUGGCCUGAGGAAACUUGUACUGCCAAAGAGUGAUGACAUUUGCCUGUAGAACUUGCAGCAUUUAAUCCACUGCCCCCCUCCCCCCACCUUUACCCUGUAACAACGAUCUCCAAAUAGAAAGUGAAUUGAGCAUUUGCUUGCAGUAUCCUAACCGAACAAUCGCCAUCAAGAGCUUUCCAGAAUGUUCCAGCUUGCAGAUUUCCCAUAUGAUACAGGGUGCCUGCUGUAGGUGACUACAGAAUUGUCAGCUCUCAUCUGCUAUUAUCCUCCUCCUUAAAAUUGCCUUAUUUUUUGACAGGACUUUAUUGAUCGGUUAUUUAAAAAAAAAUCUCUUCCCCAGGGUACUCGAUGAGACCUAGUGUAGCACAUUAAAAAUUGUCGUUUCGGUAACUCGUCUUUAAUUUGUGAUUAGUUUACUUUAAUCACACAAUUUGCAAAGAUUAAAUGAACAUUGAGCAAUACUUCUUUAAAAGUGCAGUCUGUGAAUUGUACUUUCCAAAGGAUUGCAACCCAAAAACAGUGGGCUGAACUACUUCCUUUUUUUUUCCUUCUUGUUUGCGCUUACUGCGCACUAGAGCUACCUGGGUGCAUCAUUAACUGCCUUCUGACGUAACCUAAAGUAGUUUUUUGUUUAUGUGGAGACAGUAAACCAGAAUAUAAAUAUUGAGGAAAAAAUAUCACUGAGGGUGAAGUCUCUUCCUUUUUUUCAUUUAUAUAAUAUAAAAGUAUUAUGGCACGAUCUGUAGCCUACCUUCAUAAUUUGCAGAUGGAGUGUGCGUGUAAAACAAAAACAAUUACACAGCAAUUUGCCUGGUACCAAUGUGAGAAGUUGGCAUUAAGGUUUUUUUUGAACUGUCAGAACUUUUAGUACAAAAAUAAAUUUAAAAAUUGCAGCUGCUGAACAGCCAAUUGUAUCUUGUAAUUCUCUUCAUAGAUUAUGAGAGUUGUUUUGUUUAGAUUUCUGCAGAUGUCUUUAGUUUUAAGUAACACCACGUUGGAUUUGUUAAACUUCUUGGAGCUCACAUUUGGGUUGCAAAAUGAAAAUAAUGAGAUGCCACCUUGAAAAAGCUCCGGCAACAAUAUUGUGCAAUCUCUUGCCACUAUUAUGAUAUACAAAGAGUUGCAUUUAAGCCAAUACACUUAAAAACUGUGCUAAUUAUCCAGUGCGAUCCUCUUAAUUCAUUUAAUGCAAGUUUUAAUCAUCAUGACAGAACUGUAAAAUAUUAUGCUAGUGCUAGACUAUCUCAAAUGUUCCCAAAGUAGAGCAGAAUGUAAAAUUGUUUAUUUUAAUUCCUUUAGACAUUGGUUGAGAAUUUUGCAUGCGUCUCAUUCAUCUUUAUCAACUUCUGACAACACUAUCUUGAAUGCAAUGAAUUAGUCUUGCGAUAGUAAUUGGAUGACAAAUGCAACAGAAACCCCCAAUAUAGUUAUUCACUAUCUUAGGUGGAUGGGGUAAGAUGUGGAGAUGGUGGUGCUGGCAGGUGGGAAGGGUGGUUUAUAUUGCUUUGCAUAACAGUUUCAGAGGUUACUUGUGCACUUGUUUUGCACAGUUUGGGUAGGUUGUCAGUUUGGGAGGGAGCUGAGAUUCCCACUUUCAGUGCAUGUCACAAUUCAGUAUGUGUAAACAAAAAUGUAAAAAUCAUCAUACUUUUGCAUUUGAAAGAUAUUAAAUGCUUUCUCAGGAGAUGUCAUCUUCCCUCCCUCCCCUGUCAAUCUCCAAUCAUUAACAUACCCGGGGGACUCCUGACCUAACCUGUGCAACACAAUCAGCAACCACAAAACCAAUGCGCUCAUUAGUCAAAAAUCAUAAUUUUCUUAAACAUAUACUUAAAUUUGAGGAGGGCCUUUCAUCUGUAUUAACUCACCAUGAAGAAAGAUCCUACAGUUUCCUGUAUCAGUAGCUUAAUCUAAAUAUUUCUUAAUUGAUUUCAAGGUACUCAUCACUCUAUCCGAAAUGUUAUUCAAAUGUUGAGGAAUUAUUUCUUGAUAACUAGUUCUAAAUUUCCAUUUUAUUAGUUGACCUGUGUCCUUUGUCCUAUAGUCAGUUUAAUUUAAGCAGUAUUUCCCAUUAACUUCUAAUCCUUCAGCUUUCUUGGAAACAGCUGUAAUCUUUCUUUCCUGAAAAUUGACAAGUGCAGAAUGAAACCCAGAAUUGUCCAGCAGCUGUGUUCGUGAGCUGUGGUGUACCUGCCUCCGAUGGACAUAAAAUCUGAUGACGUUGCAGAUCCCAGUUUGAAAGCACACAUAAGGAAGAAAAUAGUAACUGGAGCUAUCUUAUCACAUAGUUAGAUUGGUUAGACUUGCAGUGGUUUUUAACUACCUUUGAAAAAUAAUCAACUUGAUGUUUGAAGAGAUGCCUGUAAGAGGCAUGUACAUUUUGAAAUAACUGCACUUCAGCGAGUUGUAUUACUGUGUAAAUACUGCAAUUUUUUUAUAAUUUUAAAAUUACUGAGUCUUUCACUGUUGGCCUUGGUAUUCAUUUACUGGCUUUUUGAAUGAUUUCAGAAAACGAAUUCUGGCUUUGGUAGGGAACCUAUUUCAAUUUGUCUUCCAACACAUGGGAAUUCUAGGAUCUUUUACAUGACACACCUGCAUGAUUUUUAACUACUUUCUGUUUUUUUUCUAAGUUUAUAUAGACAUAGCCUUGGUUACUUUAUUAAUAUAUACCUAUUAACUGGGACUGAGGACUCCUGUCACUAAGGCUAACUCUCAACCUGGUGUCAUGCUGAUUGUAACACAACAGAGGUGUAAUAUAUCGUGAUCACUUUUUUUUUCAACAUGAUUGUGUUUUGGAUUUGUUGCAUGGUUUUGCUAAUUCCUUUUAAUCAAUAAACAGCAAACUGUC